AUGGAUUUCGGGGAGGAAAAACAUAUCAACACUGCACUGCAGGUUAGCAGUUUCAGGACAGCCUUGAGAGGGUUUGAAAGAUUGGUUGAACAUGUAGCAGUGCAGAAAAGAGAUGAAAGAGCCGGCGUGUUUGCCCAAAAAGAAGACGCAGUUGAUUAUGACAAGUUUUACAAGAUGGUACAGGAACUCUUUGGUCCAGAAGUUAAGAGUCAAGAUGUGAAAUGCUUUUAUAGGAAGCUCUGCAACAACCCAGAUGCAUCUAUAGACUGGUGUGAGAUCUUUGGCUACUUUUCCUCUGAAGAAGAGUCUCUUAUUAACCAAAUGGAUCAAGAAAAUUUGGUUUUCCUCAUUUCUAGAAAACAGCGAGUUGUAAUUUCAGGGAGUAGAAGACGGGAUGUGAUUAAGUGCAUUGUCAAGGUUCCUCACUUGGAUUUACUAAUAACAGCUUCUCAGAAAGGAAUGAUAACAGUCUUCAAUAGCCAGGAUACCUCCUGGAUUACAGGAUGUGAUUACCUUUCACAGCUGAAACGAAUCGUUGCUACUACUGAAAGGACCAUUAUUGUCUGGGAUUAUAAAGCUCAAGGGAACAGCCAGGAAAACUAUUUUGUCAUAAAACCUAUGGAUCAUUGCCUCCUCUGUGUGUGUGUAGUGUCUCUGCCUGACCAACUCUGCCGAGAUGACAUCCUCUUGGGGGAUGAUGGUGGUUUUGUGAGCAAAUUCACAGUAAAUAGUGAAGACUUUGGAUUAAAGCAGGCAAAGUCAAAAAAAAGAUUACAGAAUCAGGUCUUAGACUCAAAGAACUUCAAAAGUGUUAAAAGGAAGCUACAUAAUGACUGGGUAAUGAAAAUUAGAUAUAUUCCAGCCUUAAAUUGCUUUGGAUCCUGCUCCUUAGACAAUGUUCAUUCAUUAGUUUUGGAAUCCUUGAAAAGAAUUGAGGAUAAUUUGCCUGUCAGAGAGUUUGCCAUGCCAAGAGGAGCAAACACUUUCUGUUACUGUAUGAAAGCAAAUGUGAUUGUCACUGGAGGAGACGAUAAAGUGCUCCGGUUGUGGCACCCCAACAUCAGCACCAAGCCAGUGGGGAAACUUGUGGGGCACAUGUUCAGUAUCACCGAGAUUGUGACAAACGAGAAAGAGCAACACGUUAUCAGCCUUUCUUCUGCAAAGGUUUUCAGAGUAUGGGAUAUACAGACUCUUUCACUAUUACAAGUCUUCCACGAUAGCCAAGGAGGACCAGGAGACAUGCAGAUUUACUCUAUGAUAUUUGAUUCCAAUCAUCGCAUGCUUAUUACAGGAUCUAGUGUUAUGGACAUGUAUCCUUUAACUAGGAUGAUACAAGAUACAAAACAGGUCCCUCACACCCAUGAACGAGAAAUCAAUGUCAUGCUUUACAACAAAUAUUUUCACCAAGUACUUACCAUCUGCUCUGAGUCCAUAAUUAAGGUAUGGGAACUCGAAACUGGCCUCCAAAUAUACCAGAUUUUAGACCCUCAUGGCUUCAAUGUUGAACUGACUGCUGCAGCUAUUGAUGAAAGUGGAUUUCUUUUUGCCACAGGAGCAUAUAAUGGAACAGUUAAAAUCUGGGACUUUGGCAGUGGACAAGAGUUGAAGGUGUUACCAGAAGGGAAAGACUGGAAAGAGGAAGAGCACUGGCUGCACCGCCUGAUUUUCCUGAAAGCUCAGGAGAAACACCAAUACUUGCUCCUCUCUUUGGAGCGCAACGGAAAGAUCAGAAUGAUCCAGGGUAAAGAAGAUGAUAUUUACCUUGCGGUGAUAUGGGAGCUACCUGAUGUUGUGCCUGUCCUACAAAAUGGGAAUCGUAUUGUGCAUCUAAGGGUGUCUACUAAAGAAAGAAGCAUGGCUAUUCCCUUCCCAGAUGUAGAGUUGAUAGUUGAGAAAAACUUUUCUCAGCGUGUUGGUAAUUCUGCUGUUAGUAUAGAAGUGAACUGCAUUGAUCUCUUACAAAUAGAAGGAUAUAAUUUGAUAGCUGCUGGAACCUUAAAUGGUGUGAUCAUCUUAUGGAAUUUUGUAACAUCAACUGUCAAAGAAGUGUAUAGACCAGAAGAUUGCUUCACUGUAGACCCUGAUUUGGACCCUAAACGCUUUAGAAUUAAUGACAUACUAUUUCUCUUUCAUAAUCCUGAAUGUGUAAGGAGAUCAAGUCAGGAUUCUGUAUGUUCUUCAUCCCAAUGUGAUUCUAGCAAGGGUCCACAGAGUAGCAAGGGAAGCAAACAGAGCAUACAUGAGAGUGAGGUUAAAGGUGAGCAAACAGAUGUUGCAAUGAGAGAGCAACAGCCAGCGGACAAAAAGCCUCCUGGAGGCACCAAUGAAACAGAUACUCAACCACCACCUAUCCUUGUCACUGCACAUGAGGACGGACAUCUCCGCUUGUGGACUAUGGAGGGAAGACUACUGAAAGAUAUUCUACCUUUCACAAAACAUGCUGCCAUUUCUCUGACAUCGCUGUUCACUGAUUCAUGUGCAAGAAUACUACUGACUGGAAAUACGGAAGGACACGUUAUCCUUUGCAGUAUCAGUUCCUUCUUGGAAUCACCUCAUGAUGAAAAGAAAUUCAAGCAGCUUCUUGCCUGGCGUGCUCAUUCAUUAGAAAUUGUUCAAAUAAUCUAUGUAGAAGAGAAACAAGUGGUACUUACUGCCUCCAUCGAUGGCUCAGUAAGGCUCUGGCAUGCCCUCAAUGGUCAUUACUGUGGAUAUUUUGGACAGCGCAGGACCUUUGAACUAUCACAGACAAGUGAUUUUAUUUUGCCUUGUGAUGUUACUGAAUAUCCCAUAGAAAUAAAAGAAGAAAGCAAAUUCACAGAGAAGAAGCUAACAUAUGAAUAUCCUCUGGUAUUUGACAGACAAAGAUGGCAAAAAAUGAGCUCGAUGUCUUUGCUCUUCAAACGUACACCUCCUAAGGCCUUUGAAGUGGAACAUGAUUUUAAGUUUUUCAAGUCUCUUUCUUCUCCUAAGAUUCGAAAACAUGCCUUGGAAGGUUUCAUGACUGAAAACAGAGAGGCAGGGAUUGUUUUUGGUUCUCUGCCCAUAUACAGGGUACCAAGCCCCACUAGUCUAAGAUUCCUUCCACUAAUUGGUUCAGAAGCACAAAGGGAAUCUUCAGAUGGCUUUCAUGGAAAGAAGAAGGGAGGCCAUGUUCAACAUGAAAAAGUACAACGAAGGAGAAGUCUGAAAAGAAAUUUGGUCCCACAAGUAAACCUGGCUUCUUCUUUCUUCCCAGCCAUCCCCAAGUGAAAAGAGAAAAAUCAGAAAUGGCUGCUGUUAUCUGAGCUGUACAUCAAAGGGCAAGGACUCAGUUAUACUCCAGUCUUUAUUUCAGGAUGAAAGUGAGGGUCUAUCAAUCAGAUAUUGUUACCCAUCUCUGUAUCCUCACGCCAUCCUAUCUGUGGGGAAGGUUACUCAGGGUGCUCAGAUGACCUCAUCUCUGAAUAUCAAGCAAGUAGCAAGCAGCCAGUUUGCCAACGUUUUUCCUUCAUGGAAAUCACUUACUGAAUAGGCAAUAUUUCUCAUUCACUUUCAGGAAAAUGACAUAUAAAGAAAAAAAAAUAAAUAGCAUAAAGUAGAUUUAAAAUAAUACAGUUACCAAUGACUAGUUUUCCACCUCUAAUUUUCACCCUAAUUUAUAACCUGAAUUAUUAUCAGAAUGCUUGCAGCAGGAGGCAAAUUAAUUACCGGUCAUGUGCAAUCAAAGAGAAUUAUUAUUUUUUAAAAAAUGUGUCAGUCAGGCCUCUAGCAUUCAUCUUAUUUAUUUAGAUAAAUGUCAUAUGGAA